AUGCAUCGCAUAGGCAGCCGCUGGUCGAGGUUACCCUGCACGGCUCAAAGGGCCACAAGGCAACUCUCUACUACACCAAGACGUCAGGCGCCUGACAAUGGGCUUAAGAAGCAAAAGGUCACGGACGGCGAAGUCGCUCGACUGGCAGGCAGACCCUUGCAUCCCCUGACUCUAUCAGACCUAGCCAAGUUCGGACGACCACCUCUCACAACCAGCCAACUCCUCGACUCGGCCAACUUCACCCUCUCCAUUCUACCCUCACGCCUCGCUCACCGCAUCCAAUCUCUUCGCAACCUGCCUUUCAUCGUCGUCUCCAACCCAAAUGUCUCCAAGAUCCAUAACAACUAUGUCCACUCCUUAUCAACUCUCUUGCCCUAUGCCUCGAGAGAGAUCAAGACGCUGGAAGACGAGUUACAAUUCACAAGUGUCAUGGCCGAUCUGGUCCAGACCCAUUCCAAUACAAUCUCCAUCCUCGCUCGUGGCUUUCUCGAGGCGAGGAAAUACAUCAGUCCGAACGAGGUUACCAAGUUCCUUGACGAACACCUGCGCGCGAGAAUAGGCACAAGACUCAUCGCUGAGCAACACAUCGCUCUACACUUCUCAUCUCAGCCUCAUCUCGACCUCUCCGAUCAAAAGACUCAUGUCGAUGCCUCAUAUAUUGGUGUCAUUGACACAAAGUUGAGGCCUGUCGACAUCAUCAGACACUGUGAAGGCCUCGUCGGUGAUAUUUGCGAAUACAAGUAUGGUGUCCGACCUAGUGUUGUCAUCCGUGGCGAGCCAGAAACAACCCUGGCACACAUUCCGAUGCAUCUAGAGUACAUCAUUACUGAGCUUUUGAAAAACGCUUUCCGAGCAACCAUCGAAAAAGAAAACGAGCGACAUCCAAUCGAAAUCACAAUUGCCCCGGCGCCAGAGGAGAUCAAAGGAAAACAUAACGGCAUCACCAACCACGACCAAGGUUCUGUGGAUGCCGCGUCAGGCGCACAGCGACCUGCUAAUGCUGCCUCAGCAAACAUCCGCCCACUGGACAGAUCCACACCCGGCGUCACAAUCCGCAUUCGAGACCGAGGCGGCGGUAUACCUCCUGCUGCCUACGCAAAGCUGUGGGAAUUUGGUUUCACCACUUUCAACGAACAAGAGAUCGUCGACAUCACCAGUGGGGGCACCAAUGAUGGCGAUGGUUUGAACGCCCUCUCAAAUGCUGGCGGCAACGAGAACAGCCUGGCGGGCCUAGGCUAUGGCUUGAAACUAGGCAGGGCAUACGCCGAGUACUUCGGUGGCGGCAUCAGAGUACAGAGCUUACUCGGCUGGGGUACAGACGUUUACCUCAGCUUGCGCGGAGUAGGAAACAUUGACUAG